CCCCCAUGCUUGGCUAUUGUUUCCAAAGUUGCCCAUAUCCAAAACCGGGUUUCUCUCCAUCCUUUGAGGGUGUUGCGUUGACUCUUCAAUCGAGUAUAAGGAGCAGGUGAUCAUCCCGCCUUUUUUCCUACCACUCUUGCUGUCAUCCCAUCACCAAACCUCAUCCCGCACAUCCACAACCAACACUCGUCUUCCCCUAUCACAUCAUCCAAUCUCUACCGUCUUAUAAUACAGACAGAUACAUCGAUAGACUCCCGGGCUUUACACAAGUAACUUAAACUCUCUCUCCCCCUCCGAAAACAAACCCCCCUCAACCCGCCAUAAUGCGUGCCGCCUUCGCCAUCGUCACCGUCCUCGCCGCCACCGUCUCGGCCUUCUUCGACGGUCCCUGCGUCGACACCGAGUGCGGUUCACCCGACAGACCCGCGCUCAACUGCGAGCAGGAUGGCAUGGUCUGCGUGCCCUUCCCCAAAAUCUCCAUCGAGGAGCGCCUUGGCUGCGCCUGCAGCAUCGCGUAGACGCGUACACAACAACACACACACAUACACAUAACAUGCCCCUUUUUCAUUCGAUCAUUGGAGGGGGGCAAACAGUGAUUGCAAACAUCAUGGCUUCCUCCGAUCAGCAUCUGAUUUCUAUCUUGAGACACGGCGUUCUUCUAUUUUCCGGCUCGAAGGAAACCCACUUUCAAGACGUUUUACAUUGGCGGGCAGGGCGCAUGGGGCAUGCGGGAGAUGAACACCACAUUUAAGAGAGAUGGCAAAAGAUAUGGCAAAAGAUCAUGGGGACGGUAUCAUGACAAUGACCGAGUCACAUAGCAAGAGGGAGGAUGUAUUGCUGGAACGGGACUUCUUCCAUUGCCUAGCCAAGUUUGAUAUCCAAUGCCUCAACAAAAUACAACAUGACGUUUGAACUGAG